CCUCCCCUCAACUGCCCCUGCCACCCAGACUCAUGCCCCUCCCCCACUGCUUCCUCCCCCAGACUCAUGCCCCUCCCCUUCUCUCCCCUCAGCCCAAGGCCCUAAACCCUACUCCUGCCACUCCCCUAGCCCCGCCCCCAGGCUGCCGUUGGCCGGUUGGCGCGUGCCUUCUACUAGCCUCGGUCCUUGCAGCGCGCGGCCACAGCGGCAACUCCACUGGGUCAUGUGUGGGUUGUUGGUAAGAGGAGGCCGCCGAUUGGUCGGGGCUCGGGAUGAGCCGGCCAAUCGAGAAGGUGAAAACAGCAGAUUGGUUGGAUUUCGAAGAGGACGGGGCCGCAAGGAAGUUACCAGCCAAUUGGCUGAGCGCGAGACGCUCGGCAGCCAAUGGGCGGCGGCUCAGUGGGGGCGGUUUGAAUUCGAAUGACGCAAGGGGUCGGAGGAGGCUUAGAAGAGUUAAACUAGCGCGGCCGAGGCGAUAGCUGGUUCACUUCAGAGCCCAGGACCCCAGCAGCUCCACCCAGACUGGGAGAAGUGUGACUUGGGCACAGGCGCAGAAUCUGCUUCCAUUGGCUUCUGCCUCCCUGUGUGGAAGGAGUUUGCUUGGUCUCAGAGGUCCCUACAUGGAGCAGAAGGGGAAUGCUGAUGGAUGGCAGGUCCCACUUGUAGGGAAGGCCUUUUCCCAGCUGCCUGUGCCUGGCUUGAGGGCCAAGCGAGGACCUAGUGAUGAGAAUCAGCCUCCAGCCGAACAGAAACGUGCCCGAAGGCUCCCUGUACCAACCAGGAGGGUGGCAGCCUCCAUCGCCACCUCUUGUUCCAAGGCUUCGGCAGCAGCUGUAGUACCUAGGACUCAAAGAGCAGGCCGCCGAACUUCGCUUCGACCAGAACUGACCAUCCCAGCAGCCUCAGUUGCAGAUGUCGUCAGGAGGCCAGUGCCUAUGGCAGCAGCUCCAAAGAUGGCAGCCCCUGCCCUAGCUGUAGGGAACGAUGGGAAAAAGCGGGCCGCCUGGGACCUGAAGGGCCAGUUGAGUGAUAUGCGGACCAAGGUGAGCAGCUACAAGGACAAGGUACAGAGACUGGAUGGGGAGAAUCAGCAGCUCAAGAGGCAGCUACAGGAGCAGGUGGUUCAGAACCGGGAACUGAGCAGCCAGGUCAGCAUACUGAGCUCCGCGCUGCACACUUGCCAGGAGCAGGCACAGCAGAGGCUCCACGAGGUGAUGGAGCUGUCAGACCUGAAACAGCAACUGGAGGAGCAGGUCACCAGCUACAGCAAAACCAUUGGGCAGCUAGAGGGGACCAAGCGGGACCUGUCAUCCCUGCUGGAGACCAGAGAGGUGAAGCUAAAGCUGGCAGAGGAGGGCCUGGCCCAGAGGGAGUGUGAGAACAAGGAGUUGAGAGGCCAGGUUGCAGCCCAGCUGCAGGUUAUGACCCAGCAGGAGGAGCGGUUGCACCACUUGGAGAUGGAGAGGAGGAGGCUGCACAACCUGGUGCAGGAGCUCAAGGGUAACAUCCGUGUGUUCUGCCGUGUGCGCCCGCUGCUAGCCUGGGAGAAGGAGAGACAGAAGGGACUGGAGCACCUGCACUUCCCCCUGCAGGACAACAAGGCCCUGGUGCUCUCCAAAGUGGAGGAGUCCCACGUUGGGCGUGACCGCAAGGGUGAUGUGAAAUACGAUUUCAGCUUUGACCGGGUGUUCUCCCCUGCCUGCUCCCAGGAGGAGGUGUUUGAAGAGAUUGCGCUGUUGGUGCAGUCCGCUCUGGAUGGGUACCAUGUAUGCAUCUUUGCCUAUGGGCAGACAGGCAGUGGUAAGACCUAUACCAUGGAGGGGCCAGACGACAUGAGUCCCGAGACUAUGGGCAUGAUUCCUCGGGCAGUGCGGCAAGUCUUCCAGGGGGCACGGGAACUGGAACCCAAGGGCUGGCAGUACCAUUUCACGGCCAACUUCCUGGAGAUCUACAAUGAGUCGCUGCGGGACCUGCUGGUGGGGCGUCCAGAGCGGGGUGCCGAACUGGAGAUCAAACGGGUCAGCCAGAGCAGCGAGGAGCUGCACGUUCCUAACCUGCGCUAUGUGCCUGUGGACUCCGAGGAUGAGGUGCUGAAGCUACUGCAAACGGCCAAGGCCAACCGCUCUGUGGCGAAGACGGCUCUGAAUGACCGCUCCUCCCGCAGCCACAGCCUUUUCCAGCUGCGCAUUGAGGGCUGGAACCGGAGCCGGGACCUGCACAGUGUCUCGGUGCUAAGCCUGGUGGACCUGGCAGGCAGUGAGCGGCUGGACAAGUCCUUCUCGAAGGGGGAGCGGUUGAGGGAGACCCAAGCCAUCAACACUAGCCUCUCUACCCUGGGGCUGGUCAUCAUGGCGCUUUCCAACAAGGAGCCCCACAUACCUUACAGGAACAGCAAACUCACCUACCUGCUGCAGAACUCGCUGGGGGGCAACUCUAAGAUGCUGAUGUUUGUGAACAUCUCCCCGCUGGAGGAUAACUUGUCAGAGUCCCUGAACUCCCUGCGCUUUGCCAGCAAAGUGAACGAGUGCGUCAUUGGAACAGCGCAGGCCAACAGGAAGUGAGGGGUGCCGCCAUCCUGGCUUGGCUGCAGGAUGCAUCUGGAGCCCUGUGGGAGCAACGCUUUCUGCACCCACCGGGGCUGUGGAGUGAUGUGUGUGAGGCUUAUCUUGCGUCUUGUUUUUAAUACUGGUAUGGACUCAGCAGGAGUGCUGGAAAUAAAAUGUCUUUUACAGCU